AUGAGAAAGGAGGAACGAGAAGGGGGGGAAGGAAUCAACCAUGUGUGUGUAAAAAAAGAAAAUGCAGCUGCAACUUAUGAGGGAGACCCCAGGAGCUUCGACCCAAACGGUAGCAAUAAACAGGGAGAUGCACCUUGUGGAGAGGCAGCUGACGGAGAAGCACCUAAUGGAGAUGCGCCUAAUGGAGCUGCUACGGAGGCAACACAAAAUCCCCCUUCAAACGAACACUAUGUCAUAUUUGGAAACAGAAAAAAAAAAGUCAUCGAUCUGCACCUAGCCCUGCCAACCAAAACGCACAUCAUGAUAAAGGAGCUAAUGAAGAGGAAUAUUAUAAAAUUUUUAAUCACGCAAAAUAUAGAUUCACUACACUAUAGGUGUGGCACUCAAUUUUCGAAAAUUUCAGAAAUACAUGGAAAUAUAUUCAUCGAAAGGUGCGAUUUUUGUGGUGUAUGUACAGAUGUUUUAUUAGAUUGGAAUAAUGCAUACGAAGAUUUCUUCCACUUAAACUCCAUUAGACAUUCUCAGAUGGCUGAUUUUCACUUUUGUUUGGGAUCCAGCUUUUACAUUGUCCCAGCUAGCUAUUAUCCAUCCAAAAAAAAAUUUGCAAAUGAAAAGUCCUUCAGCUGUUUAAUUAAUUAUCAGAAGUCUUCCCUCUCGAAGGAAGUUGAUUUAAGUUUGCAUUCGAAUGUGAACAACAUUUCCGAUAUCAUCAUUAAAGAAUUUUCUCUUGAACCUCUCUGUAUUAGAAGCGCAUUGAUUGUCGUGGUCAGGUGCCAAGUAAUCUACUUUGAUUUAAUUUUCGACAAUUUGAUAACGGUGAAUAAUGUCAUCCAAGAAGACCACUGUGUAGACUUACCCAAGGGAGAAAUUUCCAGCGACCUGUCAUUCCGAAUUGUCAAAAAGGAAGAGCAUGAUUCAGGGGAGGGGGGGGAGUACCCUUGGGGGAAAACACACCACAAUAAAGGGAAGAAGCACUCAACUUAUGAUGGGAUGAAGCAGUUAAAGGAGGAUAAAAACCCGUCCAUAUAUUUGUGCACACAUCCAAAUGAUUCUGAUGGUGAUGCACAAAACACGUAUAGUGACAAGAACAGAUUUAAGGAACAACUCUUUCUAAUAAAAUGCUCGAUGAUUAAAAACGUGAGCACCAACGAACCAAUUGAUGAGGCACACAAAUUAGGAGUAACCUUGAUAGAUAAGACCAAAGGCAUUUGGCUAGUAAGGACAACUUUUUCCUGUCUACUAGAAAUCGAAUUGUGGUACAACUCCUUCGUUUUGCUAAAAUUAAAUUACGAUGAAAACUGCCCGUUCGUGGAGCUAAAUGCGUGGAGUGUGAACGUGGCUUACACGUAUGGUGACGACAUUGAUGAUGUGGACUAUGUCAACAGAGGGGCUUCUAAAAGUAGAAAUUUCGAUUUGCACAAAAAUAAGUAUGUGGAUAGCACCACUCCGCAGAUGUGCACUGCUGAAAAUGGUGUACACAUAAAGGAAAAAGUGAACAGCGAUCCUAACCAGAGGGAGGGCAGCCUUUCAAACCACCACAACGACUAUAAUGAACGUCGUGAUGCACGACAGUCGUUGCCCAUUUCAGAAAUAUUGCCCGAACAUGUAUAUGUGGGUUACAAUCCAAACAAUAUCAAACCGCAGUGUGGGGUUGAGCAGCUAGCCAUUUUGACCAACGCGAGCAAGCUCUCCAAGCAUAGCAACUACGCAUGCUUCGAGCUUCCCAAUGCGCUCAAAUUGCUAUACAAUUUGUUCUGCCUAGUAAACAAGUCGGAAAGGGCAAGCGAAACAGAAAAAGAAAGGCAAGGAGAACACGUGAAAAUGGAAAAAACACCCAGUAGAGACACAAUAGAGACGUUUGUAAAAAACCUGCAUUUGCCAAAAAAUGUCAAUUUAUACACAACCGAUUUUAUAAACUCCUUUACACAGAAAGAGAACAUGGCGCACCAGAGCCAUUACACCUUCAGGGAAAGGAAAAAAAAAAACUUAAGUGACUUCAAUUUGUGCUCCUCUUCUGAUGAAAACAAGGAAAAAAAAAUGUUCGUUUUUUAUAACCUAUACAUGAACGAAAGCAAUGAUGUUUAUAAUGUCGCAAUUGGGAGGGAUAUAAUCCGGAAACACACUUUUGAUUGUUUGCUACCUAGUAGUUACUCUCCAAAAAGUGAUUCAAAAGGGCACCUUGGCAAUUCCCCAACAAUGAAAGAAACACAUGAAGCGAACAAAUUUAAUGACAACAAUUGUGUAAGAAGCACUAGCAAAGUUGAAAGUUAUCCUUUACACGAGAUGCACCACUUAAAAAUUACUCCCUCACAAAAUGGGAAAAAUUGUGAUGAAUCCGAAAAUGUGGAUGAGGAUAGCUAUCGCAAAUACAGAGCCUCACUUAGUCAAGGAAGUGAACCCAUCUUGAGUAAUAGCCCGAAAGAAAAGUUGGAAAUGCCUCCGAUGGAAAAGGCUACAAUGAAUUAUAACACUGUCGCGAAGGAACAAUCAAGCGACGAUUCGAAUACAAAUGGUUUUAAAGGGAAUAACCCCAAAUCAGAUAAAGCCAGCGCUAGUGACUUACAGGAUGAAGAAAAUCACGCAAGCAGCACAAAAAAAAAGUCAGACGAUUUUAACCACCGUUCUUCUGAACUAUUGUUCUACCCAGUUAUGCUUAUAAAUAGCAAACACCAACUUGGUGAAUUGGUGUCCAAAAUACCCAAGUAUAUCAAACCCCAGAAGAGGUACACUCCUUACAAGAAGCUCAGCAGGGAUAAAAAAAACUCCAAUACUCUUCAGAAAUGUAGAAGUGAAAUUUGGCAGGGAAAAUACAACGAGAUGGUUUGCGAUAUGGAGCAAGAGCACGCUGUCGAUUUUGUUCUCUUCCGGGAGGUCUGCUACUUCCCUCUGUGGCUUUUGAAUUAUGUAAACGACUUGUUCGAGUGCCUGUGA